AUGUCUCCAGCCCCUAUCGCUGCUUACAAAGAUGCCACCAACCAAGAUGAUGCAGAGACCGAGCGAAUUAAUCCCUACCUCUGGGUUUUAGACGGUCUGGUGUCAUCAAUCACCAAGACAGCUUAUAGGAAGCCGGAGAAGUCCAGCAUCCAACUGAGAAUAUAUAUGAUGCGAUGGUUAAAGACCAACCUACAGAAACUUCGCAAGAAGUACAAAAAGUACAAUGGCGAUCGAAAAAGGGACACAAAGGCCCUCAGUCCAUCUUUGAGAAGUGGGGACCCAAGCUCCAGCGGAUCGGCUGCAAAAUUGCAUUAUGCAACACCACAGGCAGUUCCAAACUUUAUUCCGCACACUUUAUAUGCAAAUGAACAGAACGCUGGCUGCCAGUCAGGUAGGUGCAUCCUAAUGCCUCAUAUACAUAACAGACUUCUUCCCCGUUAAAGGCUCUAGAUGCUUCCAAAGAGAAGAUUUGAUGGACCUCGACGUAAUCAGGUCUCAUCAUCUACAUAAUCACCUCGCCCGUCGCGUAAGUUGUCUGACACGGACUUUUCAUCCACUCAUCUGCUCCUAGAUAUCCCAGCCCCAUAUUGGCACUGCCGUUCAAGUUUCCAUAAACGUGGAGAACAAGGUUCGUCCGGUGGUCACCAAUUUCCACCGAACCUUCACAAAUGCAUUUUGUACAAUGCAAACUGAUGAUUUGAACGGGUACGCAGGUCGACCUUGGUAUUCAUUUGACUGUGUAAAGAGGCAGCGAUGCAGUCCUAACGAGAACCUUCUUGUUAUCCUGCAGGUUGCCUGAAGAUGGCCAGCGAGCGGAGGCAGCAGUUGUGCUGGUGGAUCGAGCAAAGCGACAUCGCGCUUGCAAGAAUCGAUCACCAGCCAAUGUUGGCCUGAUCAUUUGCGUCGAAAGCGAAAAGCAACAGCAGCAGCAGCAGCAGCAGCAAGAGCAGCAGCAAGGGCGUCCACGUUGGCGAUGGUGGUCGCACCGAGGGGAAUUGUUGAUUGGCCUUGGACUACUCGUCUCUUGUAUGUUAGUCGCCGGCGGGCUUAUCUGGAGCACUUCGGACACAAAAUGCAUCUACGGCGGAUUUGGCCUUUGCGUCCACCGGACAGGACCGCCAGCGAUUUGA